AUGUCAGACCAACAAUUGGUUUUAGUUACCGGUGUUACCGGCUUCAUUGGAGCUCAUGUCGCUGUCUCUUUACUCAAGCAGGGCUACCGUGUACGUGGUACCGUCCGUAGCAUGGAGAAGGCAAACGAGCUUGUCCGUUUGAACCCCGAGCUCAAGGGCAAAAUCGAAUUUGUAAUCGUCAAAGACGUUAUGGAACCCAAUGCCUUCAAGGAUGUCGUCAAGGACUGUGACUAUAUUUGUCAUAUAGCUUCCCCUUUCAUCGUUACAAACAUUACUGACAACAAGGCUCAACUCUUGGAUCCCGCUGUCCAAGGUACCCUUAGUGCCUUGGAAGCGGCCGUGACCGAACCCAAGGUCAAGCGUGUUGUCAUCACUUCUUCCUUUGCUGCUGUCGGCGAUUUCACCAAGGAUCCCUACAACGGCUAUACCUAUACUGAGAAGGACUGGAACCCUAUUACCUAUGAGGAGGCUGUCAAGACCGACAAUGGUAUCGUCGCCUAUUGCGCCUCUAAAGUUUUCGCUGAAAAGGCUGCUCAUAACUUUGUCAAGGAAAAGCAACCUCACUUCGACAUUGCCGCUGUCAACCCUCCCUACGUCUUUGGUCCUCCCAUUCAUCCCAUGAACAGUAUGGACUCUUUGAACACCUCAAACCAAAUACUCUGGAAUGUCAUCAAUGGCUCCAAGCUUCAACCUUCUACGCAACAUCUCGAAGUUGAUGUUCGUGACAUUGCCGAUGCUCACGUUGUGGCUCUCAAACGCUCUGAAUUGAGCAACGGUCGUUUGCUUGUCUCUCAAGGUUCCUUCUUCACCAACACCAUGAGCAAUGUUUUCCUCAAGCAAUUCCCCGAGAAGAAAGAUCUCAUUUCCGAGCCUUCGGAGGUUCCCUUUAACAGCAAGCACUAUACUAUAGAUAACUCUCUCUCCAAAUCUCUCGGUAUGAAGUACUACUCUGAAGAGCAAACUUACAUUGACACUGCCGCUAAGCUUUGGGAGCGUGCUAAGGAAUUUUCUCAAGCCAAGUAA